UUUCCUGCCCCAGCCGAGGGUGGGGGUGGCUCUUGGCUUUAGGAAAGGAAAAAUGGAGCCCAGGAGGGUAGCGCCUGGGUCACCCAGCUGGAGCCCUCCAGCGGCCGCGGGGUCAGCCGCGGAACUUGUGUACCAUCUAGCGGGGGCUCUGGGCACUGAGCUGCAAGAGCUGGCGCACCGUUUUGGGCCAGACGCCGCGGCUGGGCUGGUGCCGCUGGUAGUGCGCGCGCUAGAGCUCUUGGAAAAGGCCGCCGUGGGGCCCACGCCGGACUCGCUGCAGGUGUCCGCGCAGCAGGCCGAACAGGAGCUGCGACGGCUGCGCCAGGAGAACGAGCACCUCCGCCGUGAGCUGAGCUCGGGGCCGCACGAGGAGCGCAUGCUGCUGCGGCAGCUCAAGGAGGUGACAGACAGACAGCGGGACGAGCUCCGGGCACACAGCCGAGACCUGCUGCGCCGCAGCCAGGAGACAGAAGCGUUACAGGAGCAGCUGCAGCGCCUCCUGCUGGUCAAUUCGGAGCUGCGCCACAAACUGGCCGCAGUGCAAACCCGACUGCGGGCAGCUCAGGACCGGGAGAGAGAGCACGGAAUAGCACGGGAAGGCUCCAGCCAACUGGGUGAAGAGCAGAGGCAGGAACCUGAGCCCGCAACCCCAGAAGACCGGGUGGAUGCUCCGCAGCAGCCAGGGUGUCCUCCAGAGGCCGAUCAAUGUGGCUUCAGCCGGGAGGAACUUAAGCAGAUCCUUCAGGAGCGGAACGAACUCAAAGCCAAUGUAUUCUUGCUCAAGGAGGAAUUGGCCUACUUCCAGCGAGAGCUGCUUGCAGACCAUAGGGUCCCUGGACUUCUGCUUGAAGCCAUGAAGGUAGCAGUCAAGAAGCAGCGGAAGAAAAUCAAGGCCAAGAUGUUAGGGACUCCAGAGGAAGCAGAGAGUAGUGAUGAUGAAGAUGGCUCAUGGCUCCUGCUCUCCAAUGAUAAGGAAGAUGCGCCCCCAGUCCCUGGAUCCAGAAUACAGAAUUUCUUUGGCUUAUGGUAUCGGGGUGAAACAGAGGUCCCUGAAGCUGAGACCAGCAGCACAGCUCCCAGCAAGCUACAGGAAGCAGAGGAGGCCCCACAACAACUCCACCUGGAACCUGUGGGCUGCCCUCCAGCCCCCAACUCCUGACUGGCCCUUCUUUGCUCUCAAUGAACAUUUUGGUCUGAAGGCCUCAGCUGCCCCAAAGGCCCAACUCUGAACUGUGGCUGGACAUGGAUGUGUGACCUCAAGUGAGCCCAGGGCUCCCUUCUAAGCCAUGAUGGGGAUUUCAGCCUGCAUCCCUUCCUUAAUAUCGCUACAAAACACCUUGGGGCCAGAGUUAACGUUGUCUCUGAACUCCUGUUUCCCUAUCUGUGAGGUGGAGGACCAACUGCCUGCCUCCCUGAAGUUUGUACAGAUGGCUCGAGCCAAUGUAAUAAAACAACUACCUAUAAUACCCCAAAUU